GUCAAAAUAAAAAAAAUGUUCUUUUUAUAAAAAUUCUGAUUACCGUUUUGUUUUCCUCUCUUUUCCCUUUUUCUCUUUAUCUUGCAACACGCUUGCUGUUUCUUGAAAAAAAAAACCCCUUCUGUAACAAUGUCCGUCGACAAUAUCGCCCUUGAUCUAAGUCGUCUUUCAUUUGACACCACGCCAGACUUAUUGGCUGGUAAGAAUACCCCCUUGCUGACAACUCGUCCAAAGCCUCGCACCACGAAAAACAGCUCCACUCCCUCCAUUACCAUUACACAAGAAAAGAAAACGCCGCGCAGCAGGGACCGUAAUCGCCAAUGCGUCCCUAGUGACGACGAGGAGGAUGACGAGGAUGAGGAUGGCGAAGAUCAGGAUAGCUCGGAUGAUGAAGAUCGUCCUCUUGGAAAGAACAAAACUAGCGCUACCUCUACAACAGUUCAGCGCAAGAUCAGACAGCCUUUGCCUAGCGAUGAUGAGGAUGACGAAGACGAAGAUGAUGAUGGUGACAGUGACGCCGAGUCGCGACCCAGCCCGAUAUACCGACGAUUGAGCGGCAUUGGCUCCACGAGCAAUCUCCACGGACGAUCACCUACCCCUCAACAACAACGUCCCCACGCUGAGAUGACAAAACGCCAUUCCGAUGGCGGCAACAGCAGCAGCAACAACAGCAACAGCCACUACUAUAACAGCGACUCUGAGUAUCAUCGUCACAGCUCAGAAGAUCAACAGCAACAGCACUUUGCAGAGGGAUCGCACCUCCACCAUCUGCAGCAAAUGCAACACCAUCACCACACUCAGCUAGCUCAGUUUCAACAUCAGCACCCGUCCUUCUUACGAACCCCACAACAAGCUCAACAGCAACAACAACGGGUCAGCAUGUCUGGCAUGGAUCUCCUAAAGCAACUCGAGCAGGAAAAAGCCGAAGCUAAACGCCAAAAGCCAAAGUUGAAUCCCUCCAAAGUUAAAAUUGAAAAGGGACUGUUGGCCAACUUGCCAGAACCGGGAUCGCAUAAUAUUAGUUUCCAACAAAUGGCCAUGCAACAGCAGCAGCAGCAGCAUCAUCCUCACCAUAAUCAUCAUCAUCAUAACCAUCAUCACCAUGCUGCCCAUCAACAACGACCUCGUCAUCAACGUUCCGCUUCAUCCUUGGAAAAUAUCAAUAAACAACAGCAUCGUCAACAACAACAACAGUAUGGAUAUUACCCCGCUCAUGCAGUACCAGCAGCAGCAGCAGCAGCAGCACCCGUAGGCUACAUGUACCCACAACAGCAGCAACCUGUAUACCCCUAUUUGAACACCGCCAAUACUGGUAGCGGUGGUAGCACUAGCAAUCUGAUGGCUUCACAGUCAUUUAAUGCAUCAUCGCCGUCUUUAAUCAUGUUGGAGAACCACCACCACCAUCACCACCCACCCUCGAGGCCAGGGAGCGCCCUUAGCAACUCAUCCCGCCGACGUUCCCAGGACUGAUUUACCCGUAACCCUUUAUUCGCCAUCUUACCACGACCUUAUAUAACAUAUACUCAUAAUACUAGCCUAUCAAUCUCUUCUUCUUUUUGCAUGAAACAACAAGGACUAAAAAGCUGCCCUACAAAAAAAGCCUAUCUUUCCAGGGGUAAAAAACCCCACUCUUCCAACAUCAUCAAAGGGAGACAAAUUGCGUUCCUACCCCUCUCUCUCUCUCUCUCUGUCCCUCUCUUUCUACAUUGACACCUUCUUUUUUCAAACUGCACCCCCACGCCUUAGUACAUAUCUAUUUAGUCCGUGAAAACUUUGUUGUGUACACUUUAUAAUAAAUUAGGAUGAU